AAGGCCACACGAUGAGCCGGUCCAUGCGCCUCGCCAUCCGACCCUUCGGCGUCCUCGGCACGCGGCUCACGGCGAUCGGUGCCGUGAAGAAGGUCGGGCAGGCUCCGGUCCCCGGCUUUCCAAUCGUCGACCCGGCUGGGCUCCCCUUCAUCCGGAACGGGCCGAGAGGCGCCAGUGGCGCAUCGGGCGAGAUCUACCGCUGGCUGGGAAUCGCGGACGAGGAGAGCUUCCCCACGCCGGUGCGCGAGGCGAUCACAGCGCCACUGCAAGCAGCGCUGCAGUACUAUGGGCUGCACGGCUGCAUCCACGUCGCCGGCCCGGACUUCAACGGCCGCGGCUGCUCGCGGGAGGAGGCGCUCGGCGAGCUAACGGCGGCGUACGGCGCCGUUCUCCGCACCUUCGCCGGCGCGCGGCUGGGUGGGCUGAGGCUGCUGCCCAUCAGCGGCGGUCUCUUUGCCGGGCCGUUCGCGCCGGAACUGCCCGACCUGACAUGCGCCGCGCUGCGGGGAGCCUUUGACGCCUUGCCUGACCCGGCGCAGCACACGGUCUCCGUGUCGCGGCUCGAGAUGUGCAUCUUCGCGGAGAGCGAGUACGAGGCCUACGCCGCGGCCUUUGAGGGGGAGACGCGCCGGUCGCAGCAGUUCGCAGACUCGCUGGGCAUGGGCAGCACUCCGGUUCAGCCGUGGCAGACGGGCCGCGAAUAAAUGUAAAACAGGUCA